AUGUCUGCUAUGACAGGUCCAAGAUCGCCCUCCUCUCCCUGGCCUCCGGAGUCUUCCAACCUGCAGCUUGCAGGUCAUUCAACUACAGCGCCUCUUUUCCCUCUACGCGACUCUCAUGCAUCUCCGCGCAGUCCUGGCACGUAUCCCCAAUAUGCAAGCGCCGAUUGCCCUGGUUCUGGCUAUUUCUCGUUCAGCGUGGACAAUUCUGCCAACACCAGAAGUCGGGACGCGCCAUCCUUCUCUCAAGCUGCCCCCGGUUCGACGUCGCAGUCCGUGCACCAGAAAAAAAUGCCUGAUGCUGAACACUGUGCGGAGCUGCUUGGUUCAUGUCAGCAUGAUGUCAUGCUGUUAGACGUGCGGCCAUAUGCACAUUUUGCCAAAAGAAACAUCAAAGGUUCUUUGAAUCUUUGUAUUCCAACGACUCUACUAAAGCGUCCUUCGUUUAAUACGCAGAAACUGGAAAACACUUUCACGGAUGAAUCUGACCGGCGGAAUUUUGCAAAAUGGAGACAGUGCCGAUACAUCGCCGUGUAUGAUGCAGCCACAUCUGAUAUCAAGGAUGCCUUACCGCUAGUGAAUGUACUCAAAAAGUUCACUGUCGAAGGCUGGGAUGGCGAGGGGCUGGUAUUGCUUGGUGGCUUCAAUACUUUCUCCGACCGCUUUCCUGGGUUCAUCCAAAAGCAAUCGCCAGUGCCCGAGAAUUCGUCCAAGCCAUCUUCGAUGCAUCUCAAUCUUCCAUCAGGUGCCCCGAUCUCCGGUGGGUGUGCCCUACCGGACGCCUCUCGCCCGGCCAUCCCGUUCUUUGGUAACAUUCGCCAACACAUGGAUCUACUUGGUGGUGUCGGUCAAAUACCCCUUCAGCUUCCAAAGGGGCUUACCGAAGCCAAAAGGAAAAUGCUCCCAGCCUGGCUUCGCAAAGUCGCCGAUCCGGCGGAUAAAGGAUUGAACGUCUCCGAAAAGUUCUUGGACCUCGAGAAAAGAGAGCUAGAGCGCAUGGAGCAAGCCUUAUCAUACAGUAGAUCUGCCGAAUCCCCAUCGGUCGACGCAUCAUCAAGCAAGUUCCGGGUUGCGGGAAUCGAAAAGGGCACCAAGAACAGAUACAACGACGUAUACCCUUUUGACCAUACCAGAGUCAAACUACAGGAUGUUCCUCGUGAUGGUUGUGACUAUGUGAAUGCGAAUUACAUGAAGGCGGAGUAUAGUGACAAAUUCUAUAUUGCCACCCAGGCUCCUGUGCCGGAUACAUUUAAUGAUUUCUGGCGUGUGAUCUGGGAGCAGGACGUGAGACUUAUCGUUUCUCUAACUGCAGAGAUAGAAAGAGGCCAGGUCAAGUGUCAUCCCUACUGGAAAUCUGGGUCAUAUGGACCUUUUCAGAUCCAUAAUUUUGCUCAGAAAUAUAUUUACAUGGAUUCUCCCGGCUUGGAGCAAGUUGACCACGGACCGAAGAAGUCCUCGGACUCGAAUGAGGACUCCGAAAACUCUUGCAUUAUUUCAAAGCAGUUGUUUCGGGUUCUUGUGGGCCGUGCAUACCGACAGUUAUACGGCGCCCAAUUUCGUGCACAUUGCACCAAAUUUCAGGCCGAUGAAAUUACACUCGAUGCCAAGGCCUCCUCCUUCGCUCCUGAUGACCAAAUCCUUGCUCUUGUUCUUAGAGGCCAGGAAGGUAUCCAUAUCUUCGAGGCCGAAAGUGGAGGUCUGCGACACAAAGCUCAAUUGAAAUUGUCUCUAGACCAGCCAGGCAAAACUCAAGUACUCAGAACGGCCUUCGACGGCGACGAUGGUGUUUAUGUCCUUCAGAGCUUCACUCCUGCUGUGGGUGAAGAUGACUUGGAAGCGGAGCAUCCAUUUGUCAGGCAAGCCCUGCAGUCAAGCGCUGGUGGCGGUCAGAUCUACCUUGCCCGCCAUUCGUUUCGGUCCCCCCAUGAUCCCGUUCGAGUGUGUGCAUUCCCAGACCAGUCAGACUAUCGCCCUCUGGCUCUCUCAGCUGCCCACAGAGAUACGUUUGCCAUAUCUUGGCAGCAUGUUCGCGAGCAUGAUGAUUAUGAAGUCAUUCUUUACAACGCGUUGGCUGAAUCAAGAAGCGAUGAUGGGUCGGGAACAAUCGAGCUCAACUACAAUUCCUGUGUUCUAGUCGACGGAUCUAGACAGCGACUUAAUCCCGACUAUCUCCAGGCAAGAGUGCCCAGAAGUCAUUUGCCUCACGAAAGGGGCCCAGUAAUAGAUCUGGCGUUCAAUGACAGAUCAAGCCAAUUGCUUUACUACUAUCGUGCACAGACUCUAUAUGGGUCAUUUCAAAGAAUUAACAUGUCGUCUUUUCCUGUUCAACCGACGUUGUACGACAAUUCCUGUCUGGUAAGGUUUUCGGAUUCUCUGAGUCUCCUGUUCUCCAUUGCAAUCCCUUUUUUUGGGACACAUUCCACGCAUACUGAGAAUGGUCGCUCGCUCUGUCAAUGGAAGUACCUUGCUUUUGGCAUAGCUACACAUCGUGCAGAAGACUGGACUGUCGCUUGUUUGCUGAAGUCCGAGUCUGUCUGCCAGUCUCGGAAUUGUGGACAUGUUAUGAAUUUAGAGCGAGGUCGACGAUUUCCUGAGUGGACUGUGGUCGCACGGCUCUGGGGCUUUCAAAACUCAACCAACUCCCUUGGUUGUAUUGUCGCCGCCUCAAAAGGCGGCACUCGGGUUGCUGUGGCUAACUGGAAGGUCCUCUAUGUCUGGGCCCUAGAGCCCGGGGCGCUUAUCGACCAGAAUGGGAAUGAAUUCUAUCCGCUUUCUGCACAAUCCGGAAGCAGUAAAACAAUCGAAAUACGGCCUGUGGUGCUUCCGCUGGACGCGGUCUGCUUCAAAUUGCAAUUUAUGCACAACGAAGACGAGCUAAUAGCCUUUACGGAUCGGGGAGUGAUGCACUGGAAUUUCCAUCCGUCCGGGCGAGGUCUGAGAAUAACUGAACGGCUGGACAUUAAAACAGAUUGA